AUGGCUUCUCCUUGGUCGAGGCGAGCCGUGUCCCGCCCCCCUCUUCCACUACCAUCCCCAUCCUCAUCUUCGCCUUCCUCGUCGUCGAUUCGCUCCAAGGUGGCUCAUCGACCAAGCAGCACCAGGACUGCAACCGCCACCACCACCGUCGUACCGCGACUCGACACACGCUCCUUGCUGUCCUCGUCGUCGUUGCCACCACCGCCACUCGCACUCCCACCGUCCGCACGCUCGAGCAACAACAUGGCACCUCGUUCCGCUGCCGCCGUCGGCACCGCCGCUACCCUGUCGCUGGGCGCAACGGCCAGCUUUGACAGUCUGAGCGCAGCGAGCGCCCGGGCCACCCUCGAGACCUACACGGGCCUGCCGGAUGCGAGGACGCGGGUGCGCUACGCCAAGACGGUCUUUGCGCGCCUCUACCUCCUCGCCAUCUCGCGCCCCUCGGACGGAUCCGUCGACGAGGGCAUCUCGUUCCUCCACGUCCUCGACUCCGAGUCGGCCUCGCAGCAGCCCCUCCCCGUCAUCGGGUCGUUCAAGAGUGGCCUUGUCGAUUUCCUCGUCGACGAGGUCCGCUCCUACAUCCAGCCGCUCACGACGCCCGAUGCCGAAGACGAGAACCGGCUGCCCGAGUCGUUCUACGCCGCCGCCAUGGCGACGGGGCUUCUCCUCGGCCGCCUCUUCGCCUCGACGCCCGCACCCCACGACACCUCCGAGAUGUCGCAGCGCAUCUGGGACUCGCUCGUCGAACCGGCCCUGAUCCGCGGCCUGUUUGUCGACGAGCAGGCCGCCUCGUCGGCGCCCGCCAACGUCGCCCUGCUGCCCGCCCUCGUCGCCUCGUCGGCCGCGUCGAUCCGAUCCUACCUCCUCCUCCGGACCAAGGGGAGGGGGAAGCAGUACGUGUGGUACGACGACGAGUGCAAGCAGCCCGAUGCCCAGUGGACGUGGGACGACGUCGUGGCGCAGCUCCAGCGCGGCUUCAACGCCCCCUUUGCGCCCAAGCACACCUACCCGGCCCACUGCAGCCAGUUCUGGCAGAAGGUCGCCUCCGACCUCGCCCAGACGACGGCCAAGGACGCAGACGCGCUCGCCGACGCAAAGACGCCCGACGUCGUCGCCCAGUUCGCCGCCGAGCCGUCGGUGCUGCAGUCCGAGUUCCCCGCCACCCUCAACAGCCAGGACCGCGCCAGGCAGCUGGCCACGCUGCUCCGCCACACGGCCGAGCGCGUCGAGGCCAAGUUUGGCGUCGGACAGGGGACGCCCAAGCCCAACACGUUCCUCUCGUUCCAGGGGCAGAGCUUCGACGACGACAAGGCCAAGCAGGCGCACGAGGCCGUGCAGAGGCUCGUCGAGUCGCUCCAGUUGUAG